UUACACUCAUCGGGACUGAAGGAAGCUAAAGGUAUCAUUUUCUCAUCUCGAAAUAUCAUUUGAAGGGGCAUUGGACCUUGCUCCAAUAGAUCAUUGUGUUAGUGAAGCUGGAAUUUGAAGGUUUUUGAAGUCCAUCUCUCACUCACUCACUCACCAACACAAAUCACUCUAAAAAAAAUGAAUACCAAGGAACUCUCUCUCCCUUAUAUAUUAAUAAUAACUUUGUUGUUACUCUUAGCUUCACACUCAAAUUCAUAUAACCAAAACCAUACUCCAACAAAUCCAAAACAGAUUCCAGCAGUAUAUGUUUUUGGUGAUUCACUUGUUGACAGUGGUAACAACAAUUAUCUUCCAAUAGAAUCAUAUUCAAAAUUUCCUCCUUAUGGUAUAGACUUCGGCGGCAAACCUACUGGUCGAUACACUAAUGGAAAAACCGUCGUUGAUUACUUAUCUAUACAUCUUGGCCUACCUUUUAUUCCUCCAUAUUUGAGCCUUACAAAGAUGCAAAGAAACAAAAUCAAAACUGGCAUAAAUUUUGCAUCUGCUGGUUCUGGUAUUCUUUCUGAAACCAACAACAAUCAUAGUUUGACUCUUGACAAACAGAUAAAAUUAUUCGAAAAGGUUAUUAAGAAUAAUUUACCAAAUCUGUUUGAUGAUAAAGAAAAAUUAGAGAGGCAUCUAUCUGAAUCAUUGUUUGUUGUCUCCACUGGUUUGAAUGACCACUUCACUGCUACCGGAAAUUUUCAAGGCUCUCGAAAAUUUGAUUCAUGUCUGCUAAAGGAAUUUUCGCUACGCAUUCAGAAAAUUUACAGUCUAGGAGUUAGAAGAUUUUUUGUGAAUAACAUUGCCCCAGCAGGGUGCUUUCCCUCAAUGGCUGCAAAAUCAAGACCAAGAGGAGAAUGUAAUGAGAAAAUAAAUAGGGCAAUUUCCUUUUACAACAAUCAUUUGCCUAAUGUACUUCAGAAGCUGCAGUCUCAACUUCCCAACUUUACCUUUAUUCAUGCAAAUCUGUAUGAGCACCUUAUUGAACUAAGGACAACUGGGUACAAAUAUGGAAUAUCGGAAAUAUGGAAGCCUUGCUGCCCAAAUAGCAUUUCCGGUGAUCUCAAAUGCUAUCCGUACAAUGCUACUUGUCCAAAUAGAAACACACAUAUUUUCUUCGAUGUGCACCCGUCCCAAAUUACCAACCAUAUAUAUGCAAGACACUGCUUCAUCGAGAAGAGAAUAUGCAAGGGCUUCAAGAUGUUGUACUAAUGCAAAUUAGGUGAUAUAAGUUAGAAAGAAAGUGGCUUUAAUUGCCAUAUGUAAUUGUUAUCUUUUUAAAGACAAAAAAUUUAUUUAAGUCAGAUUAUAUUUUGAGAUAGUAUUUGUAAUGAAAUUUGUGUUGGACAAUUGAAAUGUUUGCUAUGGAUCUCUUUCAAACCUUAUUGAAUGAGAUAGUAAUAGUAUCAUGAAAUUUGGUUAAA